AUGAAACUGGUGAAGGCAGUGGAAUGGCUGCGAAGGGAGGCGGUGGAGUCGCCGUCCCUGGCGGCGCUCGAGAGGCGCCUGGAUGAGGAGCUGAAACCCUGGGAGCAGAUUCCAAAAAAACCCAAACGGAAGAAAAGGCGAAGGCGUAACGUCAACUGCCUACGGCAUGCAGUGAUCUGGUAUGAAGACCAUCGACAACGCUGCCCCUAUGAGCCCCGCCUGGCCGAACUCGACCCCUCCGUGGGGCUCUACACCACGGCUGUGUGGCAGUGUGAGCGUGGCCACCGUUAUUUCCAAGACCUGCAUUCUCCCCUGAGGCCUCUGAGUGAUUCUGAUGGGGACAGCGACGACACUGCAGCGGCUCCCAACAGUUCCUCCUCCUCCUCCUCUUCCUCCUCUGGGAGCUGCAGCUCAGGCUCGGAGACGCCGCAAGGGACGCCGCAGGGAGCUGCCCUGUCAACGCUGGGGGGGGGCACAGCAGUAUCCCCCCCUGCAGGGCCAGGCCCACCAGUGGAAGGGCGGGUGGCAGCCCUGGAGGCAGUCGUAUGCGUGCCACUACCCUUGCCCCUGCGGCUGGGGGCAGGCAGGGGGGCACUGAGUGAGGAUAACCCCCACCUUGUUGCAGGGAGGCGGCCCAGCGUUACUCCAGGCUCCCCCCUCCUCAUCUUGACUGGCCCCAGCUACGAAGCUCUGGAGGGGUUGCAGUUGGAUGUAAGGGGGGAUGAGGUGUCCUGUGCCCUACUGCAGGGAGAAAGUGCAUUCCCCUUGGACCCCCAUCUCCCUAAGACAGAGGAAGAUAAAGCACUUGCGCUGAAGCAGGAGGAGGUUCUGCCCUCUGCAGCAGCUGAAAGCUCCCCGGAGCCCCCUCUGGAAGCCCCUCGAGAGCCCUCCCCACCUCUGCCAGCGGAAGAUGCUGACGGCGGUGACAUGUCGGCCAUCAUCUACGAGAUCCCUAAAGAACCCGAGAAGUCGGUGGCAGUGGGGGGUUCUUGGGGGGCUCUUAAGGGGAAUAUCUGGGGUGCAGGAGAGGGCUUUCUUGAGAGAGGGGACCUGGAGAAGGAGAUGGAGGGUUGGGGGGUGGCUAUGGGAGGGCUGUAAGGGCUGGGAAUGCAGGGUUACGGCUACAGAGGGUUGGGUUUUUCUUGGCCUGUGGGAGCUCCUUGGGGAAUCUUUGUAGAGGAUUUUAGUGGGGGGUUCUUUGGGG